AUGGGUGAAGCUCCCGAAGUGUUCUACAUCAAUGGGUUCUCCAAGUUUGGCCACGAAACCCAACAACAAAACCAUGUCAACGAUCAGAACCACGAAUCCUCUUGGUACGAGGAAAUGAUCGAUGAAGACCUCAAGUGGUCUUUUAAACUCAACAGUGUGCUGCAUAAAGCGAUUAGCGAGUACCAGGACAUAGCUUUAUUGGACACCAAGCCUUUUGGAAAGGCCUUGGUACUUGAUGGAAAGAUGCAGAGUGCUGAAACGGACGAGUUUAUCUAUCAUGAAUGCUUGAUUCACCCUCCUCUUUUGUGCCACCCUAAGCUUGUACAAUUGUUUGACUUCCUCGAAACUUCCCAAGACUGUGUUCAUAAUGGGGGAGGUGAAGGUUCUGCAGCAAGGGAAGCCCUUAAGCACAGGUCAAUAGACAGAGUGGUCAUGUGUGAUAUAGACAAGGAGGUGGUGGAUUUCUGCCGGAAAUACUUGAUUGCAAAUAGGGAAGCAUUUUCUGAUAAGAAGCUCGACCUUGUCAUCAAUGAUGCCAAGGCUGAAUUGGUGAAGAGAAAGGAGAAGUUUGAUAUUAUUGUUGGAGAUUUGGCAGACCCACUUGAAGAUGGGCCUUGUUAUCAACUCUACACCAAGUCCUUCUAUGAGAAGACACUGAAGCCCAAGCUAAAUGAUAAUGGCAUUUUUGUGACUCAGGCUGGACCAGCAGGUAUCUUCACACACAAAGAGGUCUUCACUUCCAUAUAUAACACAAUCAAACAAGUCUUCAAAUAUGUGAUUGCAUACACAACUCAUGUACCAUCAUUUGCUGACACAUGGGGAUGGGUUAUGGCUUCGGAUCAACCACUAUCAAUUUGUGCUGAAGAAAUGGAUAAAAGAAUCGCAACAAGAAUAGACGGGGAACUUCUCUAUCUAAAUGGUGCUUGGUUCCAUUCAUCUACAACCAUGAAUAAAACUGUUUACCAAUCUCUGCAGAAUGAAACUCAUGUUUAUACGGAAGAAAACGCUAGAUUUAUUCCUGGACAUGGAAUGGCUUUUCGCCUCUAA